AUGCUCCCCACCACGACCGCGCUGGCCCUCCUGGCCACCAUGGGCUCGGCAGCCCUCCUGCCGCGCGACCAGGCCACGCACGUCGACCUGGGCUACUUUGACCCGUCCAAGCUCUCUCCUGUCGUCAUCGGCGGCAUCCAAAAGCGCGACCCGAACGCACCCCCGACCGAGCGGGAACUCGAGGCCUUCGUCCUCGGCCUUGACGAGCGACACCUCCGCACCCGCGCCAAGUACUCUUGGAUGCUGGACGAUGAGCGCAAGCGCUCCCUUCAGAAGGAGGUCGACGCCCACCAGCAGAGGAAACGUAACCUCGUCAACGAGAUUAUGCUCGAGAAGCGCCAGAUUUCCGGAAACGAUACUGAGGGAGGAGGCAAGGACGGAACCUCGGCCGGCGACGGAUCAGGAUUCGGCAACAACGGAAACGGAGGCACGAGCGAGACUGAGCUCACGAACUGGGGUGGCGACAUUUUGUACACCGUCCCCGUGUCGAUCGGCACGCCCCCGCAAAACUUCACGACGCACAUCGACACUGGCUCCCCGACGCUGUGGGUCUACGGUUCCAAGUGCCAGGACUCUGUGUGCCGCGGACACGCUAGCUACGACGAGCAGGCGUCUUCGACUUCGCAGACGUCCGGCGCGCCCUUCUCGGUCACAUACGGCAAGGGCUAUGUCGAGGGCGGCGCUUACAAUGAUACGGUGGAGAUGGGUGGAUGGAAGGGCACGCAGGAGUUCGGCGCGGCCGACUACGUCAAGGACAUGAGCACGUAUGCUCUCACGGACGCGAUCGGUCUCUCGGGCUGGUCGUGGCAGGUGCCUUCGAAGCCGACGCCGUUCUGGCAGAACCUCUGUGAGGCGGGUGCGUGGAACAACCCCAUGUUCGGCCUUUACCUCGCUCGUGACACGCGCAAGACGCCCUCGAUGGAGGAGGAGCAGGAGGACCCGAGCAACAUGCAGGGCACGAAGCCGCUGCAGAGCAUGACGAACGGCGGCCGCAUCUCCAUGAACGGCUACGACAGCUCCCUCAUCAAGGGCGACAUCACUUGGGUCGACCUGACGAGCAGCCGCCAGCCGUUCUGGCGUGUGCCCAUCUCCUCGCUCCGUGUCGAGAAGACGAGCGAGAGCGCGACGCACACCGACCUCGUGCUCGACAGCGGCACGUCGCUCGUCUACAUGCCGCGCGAGCAGUUCAACGCCUUCUGGAACGCGAUCCCCGACGCCACCCGUCUUUCGUCGCAGUACCGUAUCCGCUCCUCCCAGACCGACUACCCCAUCUUCCCGUGCAAGUACGCGGACAAGCUGGAUAUCCGCAUCGGCUUUGGCGGCAAGGAGUUCAAGAUCUACGGUGGCGAUCUCAUCAUGGACUCGAUCGACGGCAAGUGGUGCGUCGGCUCGUUCCAGGACGGCACCGGCCUCGUCGACGACAUGCAGACGUACCAGCGCUCGGCGUGGCUGGCCGGUGACGCCAUCAUGAAGAACUUCUACACCAUCCACCGCUACGACCCCCCAUCGGUCGGUAUUGCGGAGCUCGCGGACGGCACCCAGAGCACCAAGGCCGACGACCCGGCGUACACGGGUGGCGGUACGAACAACGACAACGGAGGAUCGGGCAAGAGCAGCGGCGCGUCGGCGACGAAGGCGAGCGCCGCCCUCGUCGCGGCUGCCGCCGUCCUCGCCGCGGUCGUCUAA